ACUCCAGGAAACUGUUGGUGUGAUGCAAAGACAUGAUGUUGUCGCCAGCAGUCGCGCUGCCCUGCGAAACGUGAGAGGUUGUGUCGAAGUUGCGCGCCGCCGCGUCCGUGCGCCUAAGCGAGCAGCACCACAGCAAUUUGUCCAGGUCCGGUCUCAAAACACUUCGUUUUCCACGACUUCGUCAACCUAACCAGCAGGAACGCCCACACAUCGCAAAUAUGGCUGUCGGCAAGAACAAGCGUCUCUCGAAGGGAAAGAAGGGUCUUAAGAAGAAGACCGAUACCUUCGCUAAGAAGGACUGGUACAACGUCAAGGCGCCCGGCACUUUCGCGAUCAGGGAUGUCGGCAAGACCCUCGUCAACCGCACCACCGGUCUGAAGAACGCAAACGACGCCCUCAAGGGAAGGAUAUUCGAGGUCUCGCUCGCCGAUCUCCAGAAGGAUGAGGACCACUCCUUCCGCAAGGUCAAGCUCCGCGUCGACGAGGUCCAGGGCAAGAACUGCCUGACCAACUUCCACGGACUCGACUUCACCUCCGACAAGCUCCGCUCGCUCGUCCGCAAGUGGCAGUCGCUCAUCGAGGCCAACGUCGUUGUCAAGACCACCGACGACUACCUCCUCCGCCUCUUCGCCAUCGGCUUCACCAAGCGCAGGCCAAACCAGAUCAAGAAGACCACCUACGCUGCUUCGUCGCAGAUCAGGGCUAUCCGCAAGAAGAUGACUGAGAUCAUGCAGCGCGAGGCUAGCGCCUGCACUCUGGCUCAGCUCACCCAGAAGCUGAUUCCCGAGGUCAUCGGCCGCGAGAUCGAGAAGUCCACCCAGGGCAUCUACCCCCUCCAGAACGUCCACGUCCGCAAGGUCAAGCUCCUGAAGGCGCCCAAGUUCGACCUUGGUGCCCUCCUCGGUCUGCACGGCGAGUCGAGCGCCAACGACUCCGGCGAGAAGGUCGAGCGCGAGUUCAAGGAGACCGUCCUUGAGAAUGUUUAAAUGAUCAUGGUUGAUUAGGC